UGUCACUAGUUAUAUACCACGUUAAGUUACCAGUAUCACAACACAGGCGGCCACGGCCAGUUCUCGAUUUCUUACGACAACGGUAAGACAUUCGCUGUCGUCCACGAGGUUCUACGCUACAUGUUUGUUGGGUCCAAGCCAGCAUCGGUAACGAACACUGCAUCCGUUAUGAGCUACACCUUCAAGCUACCUGAGGAUCUUCCGAGCUCCGAUAAGGCUGUGUUUGCCUGGACCUGGGCCAACGCGUCAGGGAACCGCGAAUUCUAUAUGAACUGUGCCGAUAUCGCAAUUAAGGGUGGAAAGUCCAAGUCAUACACCGGAAAGAAGAUGACCGUUGUCAACUAUCCUGGAUACCCGGCUAUGGCCGAGUUCAACGGCAACUAUGACACAGGCAUUGAGCUUUACAAUAACGCCCCGAAGGUCACCAUCUCUCCAGGUGGCUCGAGCUCUGCUCCUAGCGACUCAGGAAAUGACAAGCCGCCCAAGGGUGAUUCUAAGCCGCCCAAGGACGAACCCAUUCCGCAUGCCCCGAAGAGCUCUGCGCCUGCCGCUCCUGCCCCGACUGGUUCUUCGGGAUCUGGAUCGUGCACCCACGGUGCCAUGGCAUGCGAUUCUGGAAACUCGGGCUACAAGGUCUGUGUGUACGGCAACUGGAACCCACCAAUUCCGUGCCCUGCUGGAACCAAGUGCAAGAGCUCGGGUGGCAGCGCUAUCUGCGACUGGGCCUAAGGAAUAAGUUCAAAUCAUUGUAGACAUCAAUGUACAGAAAUAAAGCAAACUGACACGGAAUUGGUAUUUCAUGUCAGGUAUCAGUAGUCUCUUC